AAAAAACAUCAGUAAAUGAUGAGAUGAGAUGCAGCAUACGGUUUCAUGACAGUCGUGUUCUACAGUGCAUGUUAACGAAGCUGUGAGGACGACUCAUGGUUGAACACUGUGAGAGACUCAAGUCUGCUUUGAAGUGGAAAACAGCAUUUGUGAGCAUGUCCAUCAAUAGUUUGAAAAGUUCCUGGAACAGGACAUAAAACGAUGAAGAGAGUGAGUUUGAGAACAGAACAGCAUGUUAUAUAGUGGUAGUUAUAAUGACUCUUAAUAAUUAUAAUUACAAUAGUGACAAUAAAUACAAACUUCAACAAUUAAAAACAUGGCAUUGUGGCAACUUUAAAUUACUGGACCAAUAUGAUACCAGUCCAUGGAAAACGGACGGACUGGUUGGUGCAUUUCUGAAAGAUGUUUUGACGUGUUUUGACGUACCAGCCCUUCCGAGUUUUCCCGCUAGCUUCAGUACUAUCAUCUUCCAGAGGGUGGCAGUGUAUGUGUUAAUGCCGACUUGCAGCAGGAGAGAAGAAGAACCCGUCGCCUGUAAGUGACGUAAUUUGUCUUCGACCAUUAUUUGUAGUCAUUUUUCAGUUGGUCAAGCCGCUGUUUGAAGGAAUAAAAAAAUGCAGAAAAAGAAGUCGAGUGGCUCUGAAAAGAAGCGGAAACAUUCUAAACCUGAAAAGAGACAUGGCAGUAAACGGAGGAGUUCCGAGGCGAAUAUGGAGCAGGAAUCCAAGGAAGAAGAGCAAGAUGUGGAACUCGACCGGAUCGGCAGUGACAUUGAAGAGGGAGGACUUGACCUGAGCAUUCUGUUCAAACCCAUCACUGCCUUCAUCUGUAACAGGAAGGAAAUGUUGGAGCAGUGUUUUAACGUGCUCGGGGAGAAGAAACUGAAGAAGAUGCUUCCUGAUGAACUAAAGGGAUGCUGUUUGGAAGAAGUUCGAAAACUGUGUUGGGAGCAAAUGGAGCUCAUCUCAGACAAGGGCAUUUUACAGAUUUUGGCUGGUGACGAGGUGACAUCUGAAAGAGAGGAUGCCUGCUCUGAGAAGGCUUCCCAGAGUCAACAGGACAAUAAUGUUGACUCUACGUCCUGUCUGAAAGCUGCUGCCCUAUCUGAAGAAGCCAAACAAGAAGGCUCUGGUGAGGAGAGCGAUGUUCUCAGUAUCAACGCAGACAUGUGUGACAGCGACAUCGAAGGAGCCAGAGAAGAGCCAGCAGGCAAGCCUGUGGGGACCACAGCUCAAGUCCAUGACCCCAAGCGUGUGUCUCCUCCGAUGGGCUCCCAACCACCUGAGCCGAAGAAGGAAAUGGAGAGUGACAUAGACCGAAGUGUGAGUGAGAUUCUGUCCUCCAGCAAAGAUAAUGUUAAGGAGUCCAGCAUCCCAUUGAAGCCAGCAGCAGAACCAGUCAGCAGUCCACCCUCUCACAGCAGCCAAACACCCUCCGUCUGUCAACCUACCCUGCAGCAGCUGGAGCUGUUGGAGCUGGAGAUGAGGGCCAGAGCCAUCAAGGCCCUGAUGAAGGCCUGCAGAGGUCAGAGAGACUCAGCCGACAAGAACGCCUGAUGCCCCAACUCUGCAUGUCAGUGUCUUUCUUUCAACUCUCCUGGAUCCAGGACUGGCCAACAAGAAUAGACUCCUACCCGUUCGAGUGUACCUCAUCAUUUGCAUGAAUGAUGCUGAUGAUUUAGAAUAUGUAAACUUUGUUUGAAACUUAUUUGCCAAUGCGUUUUGCGUAUAAACAUGAGACUGAAGCAUAGAUGUAAUUUGUAUUUUCAUUAAAAAAAAAAGGAGAAAAAAAAAAUCCAGACCAUUUGACCGCUAGGUGGCACUGUCACUCUGCAACAUAACGUGAGUUGGCAGCGCGGGAUACAUUGAAUAACAACAUGGUGACAGCAACAUCCAAAAUCCGUCGUCAAGUUUCCCAUCAAUUUCUCUUGACUAUAAGGAGCUGACGUUUCAUGGUAACUACAAUAGCAUUAGAAAGAAAAGCAAGACCUUGCUUUUCAAAAGACGGCUGAAAUGUAAACUGUUAAACAGUUUUUGCUGAAUGCUCAAAAUUGUGUCGCCACCAAUUACAGGAGACAUUUCCCUCAUCAGUCAAGCAGCUCUUGAAGUUUGUGUCUGCAGGGGUCAGUACCUGCGGUGCCGAAACAGGGCUGCCAUCUCUGGCACCAGAGCAACAGUUCCUGCUGCUCGCUUCCCAUUUGCCUCCACUCACACCACGGUUGGACUGGUAAUGCAUGCUCAUUCUUGGGCCAUAACAAGCUUCUCUAGAUGUCAAUCAUAAGUUUCUGAUUUAACACAUAUUGGAUGAAGAAAUUCAUUUAAUUGUCAAGAACAUAAACCAGUUGUUUUCCUUUAUUUUUCGUGUAUUUGGGUGGAAGAGAGCAGGUAACGUUCAGUUUGCAGGGGCAGUGCAAUAAACGUCACCUUCUCCAUACUCAUGUUAUUUUACACAUCCAUACUUUUGUGGAAUGAAUUACAUAUAAUGAUUGAGUACCAUCAAACAUGCAUAUUUUUUUAAAAAUCUGCCCCCUUCUGAGUUCUGUAAUUGAGGCCGCUCUUGCCCAUCACCCGCUGCUGCUAAAAUUUUGGAAUGGAUGUGAAAUACUUGAUUGCAUUUGUUGAACUGUGUGUAACAUGCAGCUAACAUUUGUUCAUUUUGCUUUAAAUAAAACGAGGGAGCCUUUUUACAGGUCUUGUUAUGUUUUAUAAUUAAUAAAACUUAUGGAUGAGCUGCCAGAGGUUCUCAAAAGUGGGUGUUGUAGGUUGUGGCUUCUGCCAGGUGUGAGUAAAAUAAACUAAUAAAGACUAAAAAAGUGAAAACAUGACUGGAACCUGAAAAUGACUCAAAUUGAAGUUGUUCGGCUGACAUUCUUUUGUACUAUUGAGCCCUGUAUGUGUUGGACUAGGCCUAAAUCUUGUUUGUAGUCUACCCUCCUGGAGGAUGUGGGGGUUGCCAGUCAGUGGUGCCAUUUUUUCAGGUGUUGCCGGCUGAAAUGUUUGGCCACCACUCCUCUAGUAUAUUUAGGUGCUAAUGCUAGUUAGAUCGACAGAUAGAUAGUAUUCAUUCUUGCCACAGUGUGCCACAAUAUACUUUUUAUAGCCACUAUUCAACUCAAUGGUGAAUACACACAGUGCAGCUGAGAAUAAAUAGGUGGGUCCGCCUAUACUUCAUAAAUCACUCAUGUUAGUUCAUUGUUUUCUUCAUAUAAAGACCUUAAUCUAAAAUCUACAUGAAUGUGUCACUGAAAGUUGGAGCUUUAGAUGUUGCAGCAUGACAACAUCAGUCUAUUUUGAAAUAAGUAAAUUCUUCAAUGCCAUUCAGAAUUCACGCUCAUUCAUUUCUGGUUGUUGUCAGGCCGCCAGCCUCAUGAGCUCUCUGACCUUUUCUGACACAUAGCUCUUAUUUUUAAUUACUCUUAAUGGUCAUUCUUAAUGUCAUGAUCUACACUACAGUGAUGCCAUUGGCAGCCUCAUAAUAUACCGUAUGUUCUCCCUUGUACUGGGAGACCAGUUGAGGGCGCAAUUUUCUGAUGAGUGUGCUUUUUAUUUAUUUAUUUUUUUUCAUGUGCAUCAUAGAUAUGCGUUGCCCACUUAACCCUCUCACUUCCUUGGUAGUCUGGUAACUUUUCACAGCCUUUUUUAUUUGCAGUCUGACAUGUUGUUGAACCUUUGUUUGCUUCUGGUGCUUUGAUGUAUG